AUGGUCAACCCCAGGCAGUUGCGAGAUGAGGAGGGUCUUUGGGAUGGGGAAACCAAGAGACCCUACAACCUGGUGAGAGGUGUCAGCCCCCAGCAGCAUCCCACUCCAGGCAGAUACCAGCUCCAGUUCGCCAUCCUGCAGCAGCAGAAGUUCCAGUCCCUCCAACUGUUGGGCCAGAGCCACACCCUCCACCAGACCAUGUUGGCUGCUCAGGCCAUGAUGCCACCCUAUCAUGUGACGGCCCCUCGGCCCCAGCCAACCAGAGCCUCAACAAGUCUUUCUGUGUACAGCCAACUGUUUCAGGGCCAGAGGACCAAGCUCAGAUGACAGAGAGAGGUUGGGAGCGACGCCACUCCACUUUGCCGACAGAGGUGUAUCUGCAUAUGACCACAAGUGCAUGCUGGGUAGGAAACAACAGACAGAUACCACCACUGUGACAGCAUGACAGUAUGUCUGACAUCACAUCAGGGCCUGUUACUACAGUAUGUGAAGGAGCCGCAAACAUGAAAGAUAGCCUACCCUGUCAGGAAUCCCUGCCUGAUGCAGGUCGGGAUCCGUUGCACAGCCCAAUACUUUCCAGUGCCCUUCUGUAUCUCCCCACCACCCGGCCUCCACUCCAUAACCCCUAUCGCAGCAGUUGUCCUCUCUCAUUCUUCCCUUUUUGUCUAUGCUAUAGAAAGACAAACACCCAGCAACAGCUGGUUCCCACCAGAGCCCCCAUGGGCACUAAUUCUGGAUCUCAGAGUAUAGUCUUUAUACUUUAUAGCAGUUACUGUACAGCCAGGGAGAAGUGCUCCACCACUCCCCUCAUUCUCCGUUUAAAAACAGGUUUGCUAUGUAAGUUUAGGAUGGCAAUAGAUAUCGCCUGCAAUUGAUCAGUAUUUUAGAGAUUGUCUCAAUGAUCUCUUGUAUUAUUGAGAAAUGAGCAAGGAAAGGAACUCCUGUCAGGUAAGGCAGUUUUGAAGUAGUUUGGGAACCAACCACCCCCCAUUCAUUCAUUAAUUAAUUUAUCUGAGAGUAUCACAAACAGUUUCCAAUCAUGUAUACUGAAGGGAUUCCUCUCUUCACGAAGACUUGUUACAUUGGCUUGAAUGAGUUUUAUUGUUGCCUUUACAGUUCUCACUUUUUCACUCCAUGGUUUGUCUAUACUCUACAUGGCUCCAACCAUGUUCAUUAAGAGAUACUGUCCUGGCACACCUGAUUCUAAUAUUUAACUGGUUGAAAAGUUGAAUCGGGUUAGUUCCAACUGGGGUUGGAACUAGAACCUACAGGAGGGUAGCUCUCCAGGAACAGUAUAUACCAGGCAUUUUCCACUAUGAACUGUAGUGAUGUGCACCAGUUAUUUCGCCAGCGUUAGGGCUUACAGUAGUAAUAUACACUACCGUUCAAAAGUU